AUGGGUGUCCAAGGCUUGUGGAAAUUGUUGGAAUCUGCUGGGAAACCGAUUCCCGUUGAAAAGUUGGAGAAUAAAGCUCAAAGACAAGCUCAAAAAAAUCGUGCCAAAAAAUCAACUGGGAAAACCAAAGAAAAACUAUUAAAAAAUAUGUUAGAACAGGCAGCCUUGAAAACUGUUAUGAAUACUGGAAAUUCGUUGACUGAAGAUGAAGUGAUCUCAAAAACUAUUGGUAGUUUAAAUAAAGGAGCCGAAAUCGAUUUGUUUGAGCUACCAAAAUUGCCAGAACCUAUUGAAAUAGAGAAGACCAAAAUACCUAUAAAUGAAAAAGACCARUCAUACUUAAAUUUKUCAAACGAAAAGAAUGAAAAUAUUCUACUAUUAGCAGUAGAAAAUCAAAACAACGAUUUUUUGUAUGCAGACAUAAAGGACAAGGAAACAAGUUCUCCAAAAAAAUUAAAUGCAUUUUCAUCUAUGCAAAUUGGUGAACUUUUAAAUGGAUUUUCAGAAGAUCAAAGACGUAAAUCAGAAAAAAAAAAUCAACAAAAAUCAAAGCAUGAAAUGACGUUAAAUGAAUUGGAAAUGUUUUUGAACAAUGACUGUGGGACUAUUAAAAAUGUUGAUGAAUUUGGUCAAAAUAUUAAUUCUGAUCAUGAUACUGUUUUUUACUAUGAAUCUGAUAUCAACAAAUCAUCUAAAAGUAGUAAUUCAGAGAACAUUGAAAUGCCUAAAAAGAUAAAAACUUCAAAUUUAAAAAAAAGUGUUGAAACUGAAUCAAAGAGUACAAGCCAAAAGAUUUUUAAUACUGAUACCAUUGGAUCACCUACUUUAACAGAAGACAUUGAUGAAGAUAUAUUUAAGGCACUUGCUGGUGAUGAAUCCCUUGAAGAAGAUAGAUUAGCAUGGCUUAUUUUCAAUGAGAAUAAAAUAGCCAGUAAAAGGCGAUCAAGUUUUAGUAGCAGUUCUGAAGUAUUAACAUCAGAUAUGGAAGAAGAUGUAACAAAGAAAAAUUGCAAAGUCUUGUCYAAAAAAUAUUUUUCAAGAAGUAUUUUUAUUACAGAAGAUAAUGUGUCGAAUGAAAAUAUCGAUGAUUUUAAUGAAGAAGAUUAUUUGUCAUGGGUGUCACAUAGUAAAAAUGAACCUAGUCAAACAAAAUUGGAAAACACAAAUCCGAGUAUCAAUCAUCAUGAUAUUCCAUCUACAAGCAAAUCUUCAUCAUUUCUAGGAAACGAAGAUAAUGUAUCUGAAAAAAAUAUUAACAUGUUGGAUCAACAAAAUAUUAAUGAGUCAAUAUAUUUUGUAUCAAAACCUAUAAAAACACAAGAAUUUAGCAUAUCUAGUAGUGUUUCAUCCUCKAUAGAAUCUGAUAAUUCAAAUGGCUCUCUUUCCGAAAAUUCUGUUAAUUUUUCACCYGAGGAAAGUUUAUCUGAAAAUGAUAAUAUAAUAAUACAAGGGAAUCAAUACAAACAAAAAGUCAAUCAAAGUCCUAAAAAAGAGUCAGAUAUUCCAAUACUACAUAAAAAUGAAUUCAAAGAAAUAAAUUCUACAAAAGAUGUAAUAAGAGAAACAUUUAAUUCUCCAACAACAUUGAAUACAAUUUCUACAAAACUUCCUGAACCUCCUGACAAUCAAAUAAGUUCUAUGAAUGAAGAACAAUAUUAUCAGUCCAUACAAGAUACUUUAGUUAAGCGUCAAAAUGAUUUGGCUAGUUUAAAAAGAACAUCUGAUCGAAUGGCUUCUUCUGUAACACAAAAAAUUACAUCAGACAUAAAG